AUGGUGGGCAGACGUGGAAAACGAGGCGCGGCGUCGGCCAAUUCCAGCCCUGCGACGCGAUCUUCGCGCAAUGCAUCGACCACUUACACACCGCGUGGCCGUGGACGGGGUCGUGGCAGAGGCCGCUGGGCCAAUUACUGGGCCGGCCGAAAUAGCCUCCCAGGCCGCACGUCCGCGAUUGCCCCUGCGGACGAAGAGGAGUCGCCCACUGCACCCAAGCGCUCCCACAUUAUCACGUUCAAAGUACCUGCUCUACGGACGUUGGGACUCGUAUCUUCUUCCACCAAUGCGCCCACUCCGGAUGAUGCCGAAUCCAUUGCGCCGUCCAGUACCCCCACUGGCUCACAGAACCCGGAGACGCCUCGUCCCCGGCGUUCCAAGCGUGCAAUGGCAGUCCCUGAAUCUUCGCGCACCACCCGCCAGUCCGCCCGUCUCAAGCCUUCUGGGGAAAUGUCUACGGAACAGACGACCCCCAGCAGGGCCGCCGACGAGGCCGACGCGACGGAACCAGAGGAGGACAGCUACUCAACUGAACGACAGGACCUAGAUGAUGAGGACUAUGAUCCAAAGCCUCGUAUGAAACUGGCCUCGCUGACCCCGGGCAUCAACGAGCCAUCUCAUGCAUCGCCCGACCACGCCACCGACCCGGACCACCCGGAGUUGACCAGAGAAGACCGUGCCAUGCUUGAUGCAUCGCACUCUCCGCAAACCUACUCUCACGAAACAGACGACGAGCCCCACCCAGGCGCGAGGCAUUCGUCCGAGCCCCCGCGAAGCCUGUUCUCGCCGCGCCUCUCGCGCAAGCGCAGAUCCACCGAGAUGAAGGAUGAGUCGCAGGACUUCGAGUCUGUCGAGAUGCCCGAGCCUCCGACCACGAAGAGACUCAAGCUCGAAGACCCCGAGGCCACCCCCGACAGCACCCUCCAAAACGGCAACGAAACUCAGUCUGUCCCGGAGUCCUCUCCCGACGAGGGCGCCACCGCCGAGGCAGAUGAGCUCGAGGCGGCCCCUGUCGUCGCCCGUCCCACCCGGGGCCGGGGCCGGGGUGGAUGGCGAGGGCGCGGGCGUGGACGAGGGCGUGGCCGCGGCCGAGGCAGCCGUGGAGGCGCCAUGGGCCCGGUUCGCUCAACGGCCGUUCGCGCCCGCGGCGGACGAGGACGAGGCCGGGCGCGCGCCGCAGCCGCAGCGGCCGCCCUUCGACGCGGCGGCAAGCGCAUCGAAGAUGAAAUCUGGGACAGCGAGAGCCGCCGCCGGUCCCCGUCGCCCAUCCCGAUUUCCCAGCCACUUAAGGAUCGGGCGGAGGAGUUGGCUGCCUUGUUUAAGAAGGUGGGCCAGGCGCAGCAAUUGGCGCUGAGCGUGUUGGCGGAUCAUUCGAUGCAAAAGAUUGCGCGCGAUAAGAACGUGCAUAUGGAGUGUCCGGAGUAUGGGCAGGUGCAGCGCGAGCUUGCGGAGUAUGAGCGGAAGGCGCUGACGCGGUGCCGGGAUGAUUUUGAUCUAAAGGUUCGGUCGGCGGAGAAGGUGUAUGCGGGGAAUAUUUACAUGAUUGAGCAGAGGACGAAGGAGCGCAUUGAGAAUAUCAAAGAUGAGAUGUUUUAUGCUGCUCGGGGCAAGUACAUGGAACUCGUGAUGGGCCGUCGGGCUGCAGAGGAUGAUGAGCAUACGGAGACUGAUGGGUCGGACCCCGAAGCUGAGGAGCCGCGAUAUUUGUUCCGCAUUGGCAAGGCCGGCAUGAGAGAAGUCGAGCGCGGCUUCUUUGCCGAAGCCGUCCGCAACCCCGACGGCGCGGCCGCCUUCGAGCGCGGCUGGCAGAUGUGGGAGGACUUUGUGACGAAAGUCCGGCUGGGCGAAGACCUGAACCCGCAGAUGCGGGAGCUAGACGCAACCCUCGACGCCGCCGCCGUCGAGUAUGUCGACCGCACCAUCGCCUCCAUCCUGCAAGCCGCACAUGCCGUAGCGGACGGCCACGAGCCCAGCGCGCGCCCCUCCUACGACGGCGCCGCCGCCGACAUCUCCAAGGCUCUCUCCGUCCUCGCCGACAUCGCCCUAACAGACCCGCACCCGACCCACCUCCCCCAGAUCCGCCCCGACCUGACCAUGCAGCACCACCAGAGCCACCGCGCGCUCCUCCCCCAACCCCAGGGCAUCAGCGUGCCCCCUCCCCCCAGCAUGGUUCAUGGCCCCACCGACCCUCGCUCCUUCAUCCUCCCCCCGCCCAACACCCACCCAGCAGCCGCGCCGUCUGCUCCCCGCACGCUCCCAGCUGGGCCUGCCGGACCCCUUCGCCAUGAACGGCCCACCCCAGCUGCCCCCGCCCCCGGGUUCGAACUUCCAGCGCCUGCCGCUGCCGUCCUGGCCGCCCGGCCACCCUCCGCAGGGAGUGCCACCGCCGGGGCCGGGGCCUGGACAUCACGGUUCCCACGGUCCUCACGGUCCUCACGGCCCCCAUGGCCCCCACGGCCCUCACGGCCCUCACAGCGGCCCGCCGCCGUUGUAUUUCCCACCGCGGCGGUAUUGAGCGCCCGUGAGAAGCGGGAUUGA